GAUAUGAUUGUUGUAAAUGUAUGUGGUUCAAAAUUAUUAAAAAUGGCAAGUCAAUCAAAACAAAAAAAAAUUAUCAAAUUUUGUGUUUAUAGUAUGCCCACAGACACACUUCUUAAAUUAGGAGUACUUAAUAUCGGAACGAGACGUAACACGACCUUGUUUCCUAUUUCUGGAACAUCCUUGUCCUCUGUAUAUGCAAGUGGACGGUCAUUUUUCAUUUCCAGUUUCUCAGAAACUCAAAGAGAAAACGGCAUCCAAGUGUGAUACAAAAGGGAAUAUAACAUGUUUGCAUACUUUCCACACCUCUGUAGAUCUCUACAAACCCUUCCAAAUAGCUGACCAGUACAAGUCCGCAAAAAGGCACCCUCUACACGUGUCCGGCUCACAUUACUUCUCGACCAAACUCAAUUCCUCAUGUGUCAAAAAUCAACCCAAGAUUUCGCACCAACCUCUUCAACAAGAAAGAUCAAACUCCAGGAAAGAAAGCAGCUGAAUUAAAGCCCACCCCGCUAAAUGACACAUUUUAUGUUGUCUUUAUGUUUUGAUAAAAAUUUAAUAUACUGUAAAUCAAGGUUUCGAGUGUUAAUUUUUGAAAUGUUGAUAAUUAAGUUGAAUUUGAGCUGUGUUUCGUUUCGUAUUGUGUUGGACACUGAUGCCCUGCGCUUAUAUGCCACGAAUCUUCCUCUAAUAACCGCAAGUGUUAUAGAGGUAUAAAUAUCGUCGCAUUGCGAAUCUCCUGUCAACCAUUCCAAACUAAACUUACUAGUCUUUCUUCAACAAAAGGCUAAUUCUAACAUAUUGAAAAAAAUGGCCACCAAUAUUACCAGAUUAUUAGGGAAUAAUAGAGCUUACAGUCAUGGUACAGCAUAUGUUUUCAACUCCAGAACCACAACAAUGGAAUCCACAAGUUUUAGUGUUCUAAGCAAGAUGGGUUUUCGAGGUGAGAAGUGUGCUGUUGGUGGAGAAGGUGAAAACAAGCCUGCAAUGGCACUAAACGCGUCGGUUGCCCUUGCAGGCAGAGCAUCUACAGCCAAAACACAGACGAUUGAAGAAGUAAAAUUAGCUUUUAUAUUGGCAAAUGUUAGUGCUUUGGUUUUUCAUGGUUUGAAGGCGAUUGCUUCUAGACCAAGGACAUGGAGAACGCAUAUUCAGACGUUAAUUGAAAGGGUUGUUAUCAACAGCAGGUUCUUCACGAUGUUGGCUGUCGCAGGAACUUUGCUUGGUUCAGUAUUAUGCUUUCUGGAGGGCUGCUUCAUUAUAAUAGAGUCAUAUUUGCAGUAUCUUCAUGCUCUCUCUCACGGGUCAGGCUCAGAUCAUGGUCAUCAUAUGGUACAACUACUGAUCGAAGCUAUGGAUAUGUAUUUAGUUGGAACAGCAAUGCUUAUAUUCGGCACAGGAUUGCAUGUAAUGUUUGUGGGAACUAACUUCAAAGGAAAAGGAUCCACAGUUCUUCCAGAAUCAAAUUUCUUUGGCCUUUUCCAUCUCCAGAAACUGCCAACAUGGAUCGGCAUGAAAUCGAUAGCGCAGGCAAAGACAAAAAUAGGGCAUGCACUGAUGAUGAUAUUACAAGUAGGAGUCAUGGAGAAGUUCAAGAGCAUACCUCUGAUCACUGGUUUAGAUCUGGCCUGUUUUGCUGGAGCUCUCUUCAUUUCCUCUGCUUCCAUCUUCCUUCUUUCCAGAUUGACUACUUCUGUUGCUUCCAAUGCGGCAUCAAACAAGAACGUAGCCCAGGAAUCUACAUCACUUUAAGUGUAGAAAAUGAUCAUUAUAAAUAUACUAAUUACCUGAUAUCUACAUUGGUUUAUUAUUUCAGACCUGUAUCCACAUUCUAUCAAUUUUGUAGCUAUGUUUAUGUAUAUAGUACAGAAUAGUUCUUUUUGAACUAUAGCCGUUUCGUAAUAAUUACAUGAAGCACUGCAAUGAACCUUUCUCGUGUAUA